AUGUCAGAUUUAUUGUAUACAAAUAAUUUAACUGAAGAAGUUCUGUCGUAUCGCAAUGAUGCAUUUUAUAGCUUAGUCGAAGAGCAGUGUGGCACUGUGGUGCUCGAAAUUAUGCAAGCACAAGAUAUAUCAUCUAUUAGUUGUCUUCUUGGUAUUCAAAAUAUAUUUACUUUUCUGGAGCUUGAUUCAGAUGAAUUGAUUCCGUUAAAAAGAAAAGCUGGAAUCAUACUUAAUGAUGGUCGUUUUAUUGUAAAAAAAGGAAUUAUAUACAAGGUUGAAACUUUUCUCCAUGCUCUUCAUCAUCUUAAUCGUCAAAAUUUGACUUCUGCUUACCAUAACUCUAACAACUCUUCGGAUUUAACUAUUUCUGAACAAUUAUUACAAAAAUUUCCGUUUAUUCGAACAUUAAUUUCGUAUUCAAAUCUUAUUUGCAACAGUAAAAUAGAUUUUACAUUUUUAAAUGUUAUUUUAAAUAAUAUGAUUCGUAAUUUUAUUACCGAAGAGAGAGGAUAUCGCUAUGACAUUACCGUUCGACAGUUUGCAUCCUGUUUAUAUAUUCUUGGUGGUCGCACGGCUUACGAAUUCGUUCGUUUAAAUAUUCCGGCAUUUCUUUCAAGUAUACAAAUCAUCCAAUCGUAUAUUGGUACAUCAGAAAACCGUCUAAAUGAAGGAUUUUUCAAUUAUGCCGGUGCUUGCGACUAUUUUAAUAUCAAUCAAUCUAUGUUAGGGUUUUGUGCGGAAGAUUCUACCGCAGUUGUUCCCAAAAUUACAUAUGAUACAACAUCAAAUACUUUUAUUGGUUUCUCGCUUCCUCUUGAUGACAAUGGGGUUCCAAUAAUCGAUUCAAAUUCUACAGACUCGUUUUUUCAUUUAGAAGAAUGGUGUUCUGAUCGGCCAAUGACAAAAUCACUCAACGCUUGUCUUGUUCAGCCACUCUCUGCCUCAAUUAACAAUAAUUCACCGUAUCUCCUAGCAGCAUAUGGAACUGAUAACAAAUUUGAAUCAUCAGAUGUUAUUUUACGUUGGUGCCAUAUUUAUGAACAAUUCAAAGCUAAAGAUAUUCGUAUCAUCGGCUAUGCAACUGAUUGUGACAGCCGCUAUUUGCAUGCCAUGAGAAUAUCUCUUGGUUUCUUUUGUAAUUUUAUAUAUGAAGACCAUCCAGAUAUACUUGAAAUUGAUCUUCCAACUAGCUGGUCGUGGUUUUUUAUGCAGCAUGAGAAGUUAUAUGUGUGCAUACAAGACCCAAUUUAUAUAUGCACAAAAUUACGUAACAGGCUUUUAUCAAAAACAGCAACACUUCUUUUAGGUAAUCAAUUAAUCAAUAUUGAACCACUUAUUUAUAUAAUUGAAAAUUUUUCUAAAUUCGAUCAUGCACUUGUUCUAUCUGAUAUUGAUCCUAAGGAUCGCCAAAAUUUUAAAUCUUGCAUAAAAAUUUCAAACGACAACGUUUUAAAAUUACUUGAACAAGUUCCCAAUGCUAUUGGUAUUAGUAUUUAUCUCAAGGUAGGAAAAAAAUAG